UAUUUUAGUGGAAAGACGCAGAUUCUCUUCUGUACUUGGAUGCAUAUUAAUUAGUAAAUAGGAAAAUUGUUCGGAAGUAGCAUCGCGAUAGGCCUCAAGAAAAUAGUUUAACAUUUUUGGGAAAAGCUGAGACCCUAGUGUACGUACCUGUAGUAGUCCUUGAGGAUUUUUAUUUAAAAGAAUAUAAUGGGCGUUUGCACGAGCUGUCUUGAUAUCUCGUCCGUAAAGUGAUUGUGUUACAAAGAUUACGCUUACACCCCAGUUAUGAGAUCCCCGCGUGAAUAAUAAAUCUAGAAAUUCCAUAGGGAUAUUUAGCAUUAAGUCAUCUAGGACUAAUAAUUGGUGUUGUUUAAUCAUCUCGACUUCUGGAACCCCAUUAUAUGUUGUUAUUCCCAUUUCUUUUAAUUUAAAUAUAUUUUCGUUCAUUUCACCAAAACAAAACAAUAUUUUAUUUGGCGGAGGGUCAAUUAAUUUUUCACAAUUUGCUCAAAAUUUCAUAAGCCAUUGGGUUUUUCCGCUGCCUGUGGCACCGGAAAUAACCAUAGUGAAAGGAGCUUUGAACAUUUUUUGCCUUGUAAAAAAUGCGUUUUCAUUUAUAUAUUACAGAUGAUUCCUAAAGCAAUUAUUCAAAAUGUUGUUUCUACAGCUCAACUACUUGAUAAAAAUUGUAAACUUAAUCUUUAUAAUCUUGCAGCAAGUAUUAACAAUUCUAAAUAUGCUCCUGAACGUUUCUCAGCAUUUAUAAUUAGAAUUCAACAACCAAUAAGAUCUACGGCUUUAUUAUUUUCUAACGGGCGAAUUGUAUGUGUUGGGACAAAAUCGGUGAAGGACUCGGAAAUUGCGAUUGGACAUUUUGUUGUCAUCAUAUCAUCUGCAACUUCCUUACCAAUAAAAAUGCGAGGAUUUAAGAUACAAAAUGUUGUAUCCUCAUUUGCUUUUCCUGGACAUAUUAAUUUACCAGGUAAUUUUUUUCCAAUCAUAAUGAAUUAUUGUUUUAGCCUUGUACGACACCAUGAGAAUUUCUCCUCCACAGUGGCUAGCUAA